UUCAGCUCAAAGAGCAUCCUCACCAGUUAAACAAGAUCAGAAGCUUGACAACCAAUUCAUCAUGUCAUCGUCAGAAUUUCCAGCCAGUUUCUAUGGCGAGCCGGGAGUUCUGGGCAUGUUGGCCAAUGGGAUCAGUGCAUUCCUUGUCCUUCUCCAGAACUUUCACACGGCAUACACUGGCAUCCACCCUAAGGGGGUGGAGAACAUUUUAGCAGGUGUGCACCUAAUCCUGAUUGGUGGCAUAUGCCAGUUGGUGGCUGGUUUUCUCUCUUUCCGCAAGUAUGAUCACCUGAGUGGGACAGCCUUCAUUGGCUACGCCAGCCUGUGGGGCAGUUACGGUGCCACACGCAUAUUCCUUGGAGCCAAGGACCAACUAAGCAACACAACCCUGUUACCUGUCAACAUCACUCUCAAUGUGUCCACAGACACUGGCCUUAUGAACAAUAUGCCUAUGUUCCCUAACAUAACCACCAAUGUGUCCAUGACCACUGCCCUUCUGAACUCCACCUUAGCUACUCCAGUCUGGCUGUCCUAUCUGCCAAUCAAAGAGACUGCUAUAUCAGGUCUGGUCCCUUACAUCCUCCUCUCCUUCCUCCUUGCCUUCUGUUCUGCUACCGUCAACUACAUCAUGCCCUUUAUAUUUGGGGCCAUCACAGCUACUUUACUCUUUGAAGCGGUCGGGUUUGUAGCCGGCUGGGCCCUUGUGGUCUCUGGUUUCCUUGAGCUUCUGAUCCUCCUUUUUGCCAUGUAUGGCUCUGCAGCGCUGCUUGUCAAAGGCCUGGGCCAACGUUUGAUCCUUAAGGGCUUUGGCACACCUCUCUUCAAUGUGCUCCUCCUAGGAACAUCCAAUGUUGGCAGCGUCCAAAGUUUGGGACAGGAAAAAAAGAAGAAUACAAAGUAUGCCGAGCCAAUGGCACUAGGGUUCUUCUGUGAUACUGUAUCAUCCUUCAUUCUGGCCUUCUAUAGCUUUGGGUAUGUGUCAUCCUUUGCUCUCGGUGCCGUCUGGAUCUCCAUUGUCUCCACUGCCCAGCUUUUCUCUUCCUACUAUGCUCACCUGCGCCUCGACGGGUAUCACACCACCAAAUUUGGCCUCCAUGCCUCGUACUGGCUGAUCAAGUCGUGGGAAGAGUUUGUGGCAUCAACUCUGAUAGUGCAUGACGUCGCAAAAGAGGCUGGCCGGUCACCGAUGGUGGGCGACUGGUUCUUUGUAGCAUCAGCCCUGAUUUUGAUCCUGGUGAGCCUGAACACAGACACCUUGGAGUUGAUCCACAAUCUUCUAUUCCUCCUUCUCUCUAUCUCCUCCAUACCCCAGAUACCCCUUCAGGGGUACUACAUCUUCUUCGGGGUUGCCUGCUCUCUCUUUACCGCAGCCUCUCUCUAUGGAACCUUCUCUCGUCUCAUCAACACUAUUGCAGAGAAGACCCUGAUUCCUGUUGGGCCACAGCCUGUGUCCAGUGAGCGACUGAGGGCAGCUCUGGCUGGAAGACAGGGUGAAACCCAGCCCCACUCCAUCCCUAACCAAAUCCCAGAUGCUCUAUUUUACCUAACCAAUGGGGUGGCAGCACUGUCAGCCCUCCACACCAGCUUCUCUAAUCAGAACAACUUCUUCCUCCAUCUGACCAUCCCCUGGGUGUUGAUCUCAGGAGCCAUCAUCCAGCUCUACAUUAGCAGGCUUCAGGUCAGGGGUGGCCUGAGAUUUGGGUCAGUCAUUCCAUCCUUUUAUGUAGCUGUAUGGGCCACCUGGACAUGGUUCAGGUUUGCAGGCCACCUGCUCAGGCUAUCUGAUGUGGCAGUACAUGGCUUUACAGUUGGAGCCAUUGCUUUCCUGAUAGUCAAUGCUUUCCUCAUGCUGAUUGCUGCUUACAGGAAUGUAGUAUUGCUGCUCCUGACCACCAUUAUGGAAGUGAUCCUGGUCUGCUUCCUUCUCUCCACCCUCAAAAAUCUGCCUUACCAACUGGAGAUUGCUAUGCUGGCAGUGUUCUCAAUUAUAUGUCUGUAUGGAGGGCUGGCAUGCCUGGUUAACAACAUAUUUGCCCAGAGACUGCUCCCUAUUGGCCCUCCACUUCUCAAGUAUGAAAAGAAGGAGAAUGCUCCAGUGCUGCCAUGUGAGGUGGCUGACUCUCGUCUGACUAGCAGUCUCCUAAAGAUUGCCAAGGUAUUGGAUGAGGGUGGAGUUUGUGGCAUCCCCACUGAUACUGUCUAUGCUCUGGCUGUAUCCUGUAAAAACCCACAGGCCAUCGAGAAAAUCUACUCCAUUAAGGAACGUCCAGCAGAGAAGCCGAUCUGUAUUUGCAUCUCCAGUAUAGACCAGCUGAUGGCUACUAAGCCCCCCUUCAGCCCUCUGCUCUGGGAUUUCAUGAGAAAUGUCUACCCCGGGGGAAUAAGCUGUAUAGUCAGCAAGGGAGACUGGCUCUCAAAACUGGGUGUGGGCGCAGCCUACGAUCGUGUGGGUACCAGGGACAGCAUCAUGAUUAGAGUCCCAGACCAUACCGUGAACCGACAUCUAUGUGACAUCACCGGUCCUCUUGCUAUAACCUCUGCCAAUCCUAGUGGAGAAGUGGACAGUACACAUCAUGAUAUGGUCAUUAGCCGACUAGGACAUAAGAUCCAGGGUGUUCUGUGUGAUGGGGAGUCCAAUGAGGUGGUAGCCUCCACUGUAGUCAACUGCUUGAAGAUUGAUGAAAGUAUUAUCACCAUCCUGAGAGAAGGUUGUGUUCCUGCUGCCAAGGUUCACCAGAUCUUUGAAAGGGUAAAGAGCAGGAUGCUGUGAUAAUCUGAUUCAUCCCUUCAUUCUCUCUUUCAUCUAUUCCUCCAGUACCUGUCUUUGCCUGUUUCUUAUCAUGGUCACCAGGAGUCAGAGGCUCCAAACCACUCAUCUAUAAAUACAAAAUUAAGUAUUUAUUGUGUGUU